CCCUCACUACACACAGAUGGUACAUACACACAUAGAUGCCAUGCCCCCACCCAGCUGAGCCAUCUAUUCUAUCUAUCCAUCACAUCAGAUCACGUCUGUCAGUUGGACGCCUCGGUCUGUCUGAAGAUGGUGCUGGCGGCUCUCUCUUCCUCGCGGCCGCCCUCCGGCUGGCUCAGCUUGUGCGGCAACCGCACCACCCACACCCGGCCGCUGGACGACGACUCCCCCACUGCUAUCGCGCUCUGACCCGACCUGCACACACAUCGACACACGCACAGAAGGACAACGGAAUGCAUUAAUGGCUUUGACAUGAUGUGUGUGUGCAUCUUUGCACCAUCACCUUGAUGCGCGGUUAUACUGAAUGGAGCCGACGCCGCCUGAUAGAUUGACAGACAGGGAAGGCACACAAGCAUUGCGGACGCGCUCGUGUGGGCGUGUGUCAGGUCAGGUGGGGAAGGGUGGGUGGGUGUCCAUUCUUCCCGAAGCUAAGCUACCAGGGUUGGUGCCCAGCGGCAGUGACACUACAGGCUGGUGUGUCGUCUGCAUCAGGUCAUACACCCACGCACCACCCCUCUAAACACACACACCAAUCCACAACACACACACACCAUAGUGUGUCCCUCCAUCAUAUGUGGCUGGUGAAUCAAAUCGCAUGAUGCCUGUGCGGCGACGGCGAAGACCAGCCUUCUGCAUGGGGCCCAGCAGGCACCACUGAGGGCACUCUGCGACAGCGACGGCACCGGCGGGCAAAACACUGAAGACAGACACAUGGAGCAAUGACACGAAGGCAGUGGUAUCUGUUCUGCAUCUCUCUCUCUCUCUCUGUGUGUGUGUCUGCAGCAUCCCUUCUCUGUUACCUACCGUGUAUGGGUCUCGCCUGCAGCACAUCGAACACCUUGACGCUGCCAUCAGUCGAGGCGCUUAGGAGAAUCUUCCUGACUCACACACACACACACACACACAGGGACGAGACGGAUGCAUCUAUCUCUCCAUGGGUGUGUGUGUGUCCACCUGAAGAAGGGGGAGAACUGCAGUGCGGUGACGGGUCCUGCGUGGCACUCCAGCUCGGCCACCUUGGGCACCUCCAGCCACUUGUCCUCCGGCGGGCUCGACCGAAACACCACCUCGGCAGUCACCUCCUUCACACCCUGCACACACAACCACCCACACACAACCAUGGUGAGUCCUUCUGCCUGUGCGUCCUUCCCCCGGUCAAUUGUGCGUGCAGGCACCAGCCCACCGGCCCUGCCCACCUACCUACCUGUGACUGGCAGUACUUUUCUACAUGCGCCUCGACCACCGCCCUGAUCGAUUCGAUUCAUGGAUCCAUCCAUCCAUCAGCACCAAAUGUGCACUGCACACCCUUCGCGGACGCAGCACCGCCCUGUACCGACCUGUUGGCCUGAUUGAGGUUGUCCAUGAGCUGGAGGGCGCUGAUGCGCCACACCACCGCCCCCCCGCCCCCGCCCCGCUUGUCCGUCUUGGCUGUGGGCUUGGGCGGCAGGCGCAGGAAGCCCCUGGCGAUGGCCCCCACCUCCGAACCGAUGGCAAACAGGGAGGGGUCGAUGGGCGAAAACGCCAUACGCACACCACCUGAAUGAAAUACACAGGGGAGAGGGGUGUGUGUGUGGGUUGGAUGGAUGGUUGGGUGUUUGCCUCCAUACCGAAUAUUUGUCGCUUUGGUGGUCUGAUGGCGUAUGUGCGAAGGGGGUAUGCGAGUUUGUCAGAGCUCUCGAGGGACCAGAGGAGGACGCGGCCCUCGCCACUCACACUCAUCAGCCAGUAACCCUGAAUGAACCGACGAACCAAGGAAUCAAUACGUUGGAUGGAUGGAUGGAUGCUGGCUGACCCCUUCCAGUCGCUGCGUCGUAUCAGGAACCCACGCCAAAUCACGAACCGCCUCCCUGACCAUCCAUCCCCCCACACACAUGCACACACACAUCCAUCGAACGAAACAGAAUGCGUCUGCAUCCAUCCUGCACUGCCCGCCCAGCCAUCCAUCGCGCCCACCCACUUGUGGCAGAAAUCAUCGAUAGGUGACUUGGCGAGCACCAUCCCAUCAGGCUGCCCGUCGCCCUUGGUCAGGUCCCAAACCGCCACCUCACCAUUGUACGUCCCACAGGCAAGGAUGGCCGGCUCCGUGGGAUGGAACGACACACACGUGCCGAAGGAGGCCACAUCCAGCGUCACAUCGGGCACAUUGGACCGCUCCCCCGAGCGGUAGAGCGACCACAGACACACCCGUGCGGCCCUCUCGCACCAGCCGACCAUCCCUGGCUGCCCGUAGCUGACGGCGAUGGUGGAGCCCUUGGCGUUCCACGACACGCCCGUCACACACGCCUCCACCUCCAUCGAUGACGACCCGUACUCGUCUUCUACCAGCGGCAUCGGCAUGUGGGCGCGCUGCUUCUCGUGCUUUUCCCGCGAAUUGGCCUUUGAUGAUGCCGAUGCCGCGGGUGGCUGUGUGGGUGAGGGGGGUGGGUCGGGUUUGCGCAGCUCGUGGAUGCAUGUGAUGUCUUGGUUGGUCUCCUCCCAGUGUGGCUGGUAGGCGGCGAAGGCCGGGGAGGUGCGGUCGACGCCGUCCAGCUCGGCCAGCACGUGUGGGGUGAUCCGCCGCAGGAACGCCGUCAGGGACGCCUCGUCAACCUGAGGCUUGGCAGGCGCACCUGAACCACACACACACACAUUGAUGGACGGACGGAUGCGAGGAUGCGCCUCACCCACACCAGUGCAGACGGAUCUCCCUCUCUCCCUCACCCUACCUGAUUUUCCCUGCAGUGAAUGGAUGUGCUGCUGCAGCUGCUCGACGGGGUCCGCCUGCACCGUCUUAUCCAGCACGUCCGCCCCGCUCUCCGGCCGCUGAACGCCUCGCUCCUUGAACACCACGUCUGUCGUUUCGGUGGCGGCCGAUGCCGUUGGAGGCUUCGGCUCGGGAAUGGACGGGAGGCUGACAGUAUCCUGCGGGCAGUCACUGAACGAGGAAGCCUCGGGUGACGACAUGGAUGGAUGAAUGACGAUGUCCGAAGGCGUGACUGGGAGCAAAGGGCUCAGCUAUUUCAUCUAGCAGGUGAUCUGAAUGCACACGAAACAGAUCCAGCGGAUUAAAUUGUUCAAUGUGCCGUUUUACCUUCUCUCUCCUAUUCACACCUUCUUCUUGGCGACG